AAAGCUCAAUUUUCAGGUCACUUGCCAAAUCCACACUAUAUUUAUAGCCAGUAAACACUCAAUCAAUCAGCAAAUCUAAGCUUGGGGAACAAGAAGAGACGGACAGAGGAGGAGGAAGAUGAGGAUCACUGUAAUGACCGCCGACGAGCAGAUCAUCUCACUCGACGUCGACCCUCAUGAAUCCGUCGAGAACGUCAAGGCUCUGCUUGAGGUGGAGACCCGCGUGCCGCUCCAGCAGCAGCAGUUGCUCUUCAAUGGGCAGGAGAUGAGGAAUUCUGAGAAAUUGAGUGCAUUAGGUGUUAAAGAUGAGGACUUGGUGAUGAUGGUCUCUGGUGCCCCUUCCGCUUCGAGUGCAGCAUCAAGGGACUUGGGCUUUAACCCUGAUGGAUCUGCUGUUAAUCCAGCAGCUCUUCAGCAGCAGCUUCGACGGGAUUCCAAUAUGAUGGCACAACUCUUUCAGAGUGAUCCUGAAUUUGCCCAAGCAAUUGUUGGCAAUGAUCUUGAUAGAUUACAAAAUGUUCUAAGGGAGCGACACCGCCAAAGAUCGGAAAUGCGACGCCAACAAGAUGAAGAGCUUGCUUUGCUGAAUGCAGAUCCUUUUGAUGUUGAGGCCCAGAAGAAAAUUGAAGCUGCAAUUCGUCAGAAAGGGAUUGAUGAGAAUUGGGCUGCUGCUUUAGAAUAUAAUCCUGAAGCCUUUGCCAGAGUGAUUAUGCUCUACGUUGAUAUGGAGGUUAAUGGUGUUCCUCUGAAGGCAUUUGUUGAUAGCGGAGCACAAUCAACAAUUAUAUCAAAAAGCUGUGCUGAGCGUUGUGGAUUAUUGAGGCUUUUAGAUCAAAGAUAUAGGGGUAUUGCUCAUGGAGUUGGUCAAUCUGAGAUACUGGGCAGGAUACAUGUUGCUCCAAUCAAGAUUGGGAGCAUAUUUUACCCAUGCUCCUUUUUGGUGCUGGAUUCCCCCAAUAUGGAAUUUCUUUUUGGUCUCGAUAUGCUUCGGAAGCACCAGUGUAUCAUUGAUUUAAAGGACAAUGUAUUGAGAGUUGGUGGGGGAGAAGUCUCAGUGCCAUUUUUGCAUGAGAAAGACAUCCCGUCCCGGUUCUUGGAUGACGAAAGGCAUGCAAAACAAGCAUCCAGCUCUGGAGCCCCUGCGGCUUCAGGAGCAAUAGAUAAUAACACUAGUGGCACUCCAGGCGGUGGAUCUUCUGGGGGUCCACGUGGUGAUAAUUCGCAGGGAGCCGAAUUCGAGGCGAAGGUGGCAAAGCUUGUGGAGCUAGGGUUUGGGAGGGAGGCCGUAGUACAGGCGCUCAAGCUAUUCAACGGCAACGAAGAGCAAGCAGCUGGGUUCCUCUUUGGGGGCUGAAGGUAGUAGCCCCCUCACAGCAAAGCAGACGCAUUUAUUUUCAAUUUGGAUCUGAAUUUCAUGUUCUGGGGGGUUUUAUCUUUCAUAUUACGAAGCAGAAAGGUGUAACUGGAAAGUAUAUUUGAUUCUUGAUUCUUCUGAAAACAGUUGCAAUUGUUGUGCACGAUUCGGGUGAAAGAUCGAACAGAACAUAUGACGUUAUCCUUUGUGAGCAAAAUUUCCUAACAAUUUUCGCGCUCUUGUUGUGUCAGAGCUGUUGACGAUUUGUUAAAGAGUGUGAAGAGCAACGGAUGAAUCUGUUUA